GCGGAGUAACCCGCGACUGAAAGGUCACCGCCGCUGCGAGACAGAAUAAAAACCGAGCGUUCCUUCAGGGAGACCCGAUCUACUGCUCCGGCAAGGACGCACAAGGGACGCACACAGGACGCACGGGGUCCAGUGGAUCGUUCCUCUUACUCUUUCUCACUCUUGAAUCCACCGGUGUUCAGAGGAUGGCCACGGAUGCUCAGCUUUUACUCGCAUGACUUCAGAAGCUUUGAUAUAUGUAUUUCCAAUAUAAGAGCAGACUUCAAGAGGACAUAUUUCGGACCGGACAGAAGCAGGAACCUACACGCCAAAGUUACGCACGGUUCUUUAUUUCCAUUUUCAUCCUUGCUGGACGCACGGGACUUUUGAGCCGCAUUUGAGGAGGUUUUAUAGUUGUGAAGGUGUCCGGUUUGACUUUUUAUUCUCCCCAGAGGCGCUGGAUAAGGAGUUUAUUUUUCCUCCUCUUUGUUUUCUCAACUCCUCGGGAGCUAUGAACGGACUGCGCAAGCACCUCACUAUGGGACUGUUGCUAGUGAUGUGCACGCUUACCGGCCACUGCGGCCGGAGCGCGCCCUCGAUGGCCGCGCGGUCGGCCACAGCCAGUGGCGGCGAGGCGCGUCUGGACUUGAGGCGGAUGGUGGAGGUCAUGAAACACGUGGAGGAGAGUCGGAGUCGACACAGCGCGAAAACGGAAUCCCCGUUAACGUCGCGGGCGCACACGUCCCCGGUGGAGCCAAAGGAUUUACGCAACUUGAAAACAGACAGAGGCGCUCAGGCUGUCGUUGUAUUCCCUAGGGAUCUCAGAAAGAAGGAGAAAUUCCUAAAACAUAUAACAGGUCCUCUCUACUUCAGUCCUAAGUGCAGGAAGCAAGUGUACAGAGUCUACCACCACACCAGAGAAUGCACGAUACCUGCAUACUUCAAAAGAUGUGCGCGGCUUCUCACGCGGCUAGCUGGCAGCCUGCAGUGCACAGAGGGGUAGCAUACCCAAGGU